GACAGCAUCACUCACCACACAAAUUUGCUCCUGUUUUCGUCUACAUCGUUACUUAAUGAAUAAAAAAUCCCAGGAGAAGGAUUAAAUGAACGAAAGAAAAGAAGCUGGGUUGGGGGUUUCAAGUUGGGGUUGAGUGUUACAUAGCGUGAUGUUGAAUAUCGAUGACAGAUGGAAGAAAGUAGAUCUAGUUACAACUAUUUGCUAGAUCACUAGAUGGAGUUGGGUUUUCGAUGACCCACCACAUAUAAUCCUUAUACCGUACAUCUAGAUUGAAUUGGUUUGGAACAACCAGCAUGACUCCAAGCAUGGCUUGUAGAAGGAAUUUACUCCAACCAGCGAUCAUUCUAGUCCUGUUUAUCGGUGUCAAUGGAGGCCUUUUUGGUGAUAGUGAGUCAUCAACGUCAAGCCAAGAAGACCCUGCAACCACACAAUUCAUGCACAUGAUGAAAAAACAGUUAAGAAAAGAUUCCUACACUAGACAAAGUAAAAGAGAUCAGCAGCUGCCUGGAGACCUGGCAGCUAAAAAUGCAGUCAUCAGAAACUUCGUUUUUAGAAAAUUUAAAGGUGAAAUGCUGUUCAUGUUUUCGUUUCUUCCUGAAAAGAAGCAGUGUGACAUCCUGGUGUCUCUUUCUGUGUCAACACAAUGCAACCUGACAAGUGUCAUGCACAUUCUUAGUAAUGAGAGCAUUCUUAGAACCUCCCAACAAGUCAAAUGCUUCUCAAGAAGGCCAUUACGUUAUCCACAAUGUCAGACUAUAGAUACCAUGAAGAUUUUAGAUGGUUUUUGGAAUCAAAUGGGAAGACUUUUCAAUAACAUAUCCGUAGCUUUCCAGUGUAACAUCAUCAAUAUAAUCACAACAACAUCGUUAAAGUAUCGUCAGCAACGGCAACAGUACAACACAAAGAUCAAAGCUCCACGUAUCACACUUAAAACUGCUGAAAGACAGUUAGAACUUAUCUUUCCAUAUCUGCACAUCAAAGAAAAAUGUUCCAAAGUUUGGAAACCUUUGAAAAAGAUGGUCCCAUUCCAAUCACCAGCGUCACUCCUAAAUUUAACUGUCAAACUUGGUGCUCGAGUUAAGAGAAAAGAUUGGCUUAGGAACAUCAAGAAAAAAGCUUUUCAAAUGUACAAGAUUUACUACAAUUAUUAUUACUAUCAUCAGCCAAUGAGGGAACGACCAUUGCAUUACAAAAAAAGACGCCCCACUAAUCCUCCAUUAUUAAACAGCAAUGAUGUUAGACUUAAUGUUAUCAGGGUGACCAAAAUAAAAAGAACGAUUUCUGUUGUCUUUGGCAUGGAAGUGAGAAGACCAAGGAUACAGAUUUACAAUAGAAUUUCACCUGCUAAGCUGUUGCUUGUACCACUCAAACAACUAGGAAUGAAAGGUCUUAAUUCUUUCUUCAAUGGCACUGUUGUUAAACUUACUGGAGCACAACUGAAACGAGAAACCGAUAAAGAAAGAUAUGUUUGGUCUGUGCCACAAAUCAUGGAAAGUAAGCGGCAAUUUCCACGAUAUCUAGUGACUUACUACAGACAGUUAGACAGGGAAGGUAAAUGUCUAGUGAUGCUGUAUAUCUCAUCACAUCUUCAGACCAAACUCAGACCAGUAGAAUUGCUUUACAACACCUUCAAAUAUAUCCCUAGAAAGUACUUCUGCUCAUCAACACGAAGGAUCUUAGUGAGUCCAGUUGCCAACAGAACAGACACGUACAUAGCAAAACCAAAGCCAAAAUCUGCAGAGAAACCCUCAUCAUUACCAAAACAUAUUAAGCCAGAUACAACCAACAAGAACAAGAUUCUUGUAAGAGUUAAUCCUAAACAGACAAAUACCAGCAAGGAAAAUGAUUUCCCAGAGGACAGUGAAGAGCAAGCAGAAGAAGAACAAGAAAUAACACCACUAGAAAUAGGCCUGUUUGCGAUUCUUGGCUUUCUUUGUCUAGCUAUUUUGGCAUUCACUGUCAAUUGCGUCUUGUUUACUAUAAAGAAGAAAAAGUCUGCACCAACACAACAAGUUAACACAGCAUUUGCAAGAGCAGUUUUAACAAGAGACACAAAUGGCACAUCUGCAGAUGAACAUGUCGAAGUUAUGUUGGAUAACACCAUUAAAAAUGCAAUGACAAAAAAUUGUAUCCAUAAAAAUGGUCCAUCUACAAAUAAAUCUGAACAAUGUAGACAAAACAACCCUAAAGAAGGUAAAGUUACACUAUCUGAAGAAGAAAUAUGUCUACAUUCAAAUGCUCAUGGUUUGGAUUUAUCUUUGAAUAGAGAAAAUGAGACCUCUGAUUUCCUUACAGAUAAUAAAAUAUCAGAUGAAGUUACAGUAGAUAUAUCAGAUAAUGGCAAUAGUGAUCAGAGCAACUGCUCUCAAAGAACAAACUCAAAAUGCAGUGUUCAUGACUCUAGAAAUAGUAUAUCACUAUCUAUUACAGAGAACUCUUCAGCACUUGGUACAGGGUCAAGUCAAAGAACUUUAAAGGAGUGUAGUGGGGAACUUGAAGUAAUUUCUGAUGACAACAAUGAUCAUGUAAGAUCUGCAAGCUGUAGUAGUGAGAGUGAUGCUGGUUCAAAAACCAGUACAAAAAAGCUGUUUGUGCAUUUGGAUCAAAGUAGUGAUAAAGAAACUGCUACAUAAUAACCAAGACAUAUUUAAUAUUUAGACUGCAAUAAGCUUGAGAUUUGAUGAGUGAAUGAGUGAGCCUCCCAUCUCAUCUAUGAAAUCCUAAAUCAAUCAAGAGGUAUUCGAUGUUGUUAUUAUUCCAAAUGACAGAGUGUCUAACAACUAUUCCUAAAAUAUUACGUUUGAUGACAAUCAUAAUCAGCUGUUAUCCAUGAAAGAACACCUGUCUGUGCAGUUGUUAAAAUUAGUCACCUCUUAUUGGCAAGGUGUAGAUAUUUUUUAUUUACUUAACCAUUUUUCAGUGAAUCAUUAUAUACUGUUGUUCCCAUUGAUCAAACUCUAUAUUCAAUAUAUCUAUCAAUCUAUGAACUAAUACAUUACAUAUGUUCUAUAGAUUCAAACCUUAACCAUAAUAGUUUUUAGAUCAUUUUCAAAAAGAGUAUAUCAUAUACAUAAAACAUUGUGGUGUCCUUUGUUAUAAUAUAUCAAAGAAUAUAUCUAGAAAAAGGUCACUGCACAUAAACCUUUAAAAAUGU